UCCGCCUCCUUCUCACCCCCUCCUCUGCCUUUUCCUCCUUUAGAUCUACCGGCAAUGGCCGGGAUCCGGCAAAAGGCCGGGAUGUAGGAAGAGCACAGAAGAAGAGGAAGAAGAGGGUAGGGCCUUGCGGUCCCCGCGGGUCAGAUCUGGCAAGAGGAUGCCGGAAGAAAAAAAAAUAAGAAUAAGAAUAAGAAGAAGAAGAAGAAGAGAGAAGAAGAAACCGAGUUUCCUAUAAUGACUAUGGGAUUGGUAAAUUGCCUGAUGCAGCUAAAAUUACAUUGAUAGUUUGGAGAGAAAUCUCUUUUUCGGUAACGUUGGUAUUCCAAUUGUUAUAUAUGGGGGAGCAGUCGUUUCUUGAUCGGAUGUUAUCCCAUCUCCGAUCGACCAGCAAGUAUUACACUGGAUAUCCAAAGGAUAUUGGACCUUCGCGGGUUAUCCAUUUUACCUCAGAGCGUCAGUUUGUUCAGCUUCUGCAUGAAGGCCAUCCUGUGGUUGUUGCAUUUACUAUAAGGGUUCCCUAUACGAAGCAUCUCGAUAGAGUAUUGGAGGAGGCCGCUGCUGAGUUUUAUCCCCAUAUAAAAUUCAUGCGUGUUGAGUGCCCCAAAUAUCCAGGAUUUUGCAUUGCAAGGCAAAGGAAAGAGUAUCCGUUCAUUGAAAUAUAUCACAGCCCAGAGCAGGCAGCUGACCAAGGAAAAUUGGUGGAUCCCAAUAUAAAAAAAUACUCAGUCAAAGUGUUGCCUUUUAACUAUGACCUAAGUGCAUACGGGUUUCGCGAAUUUUUCAAGCGGCAUGGGACGCAUGUAUCUGAAACCAGCUAGAGCAGCACUUCCUCUAUCCAAAAAAAAAAAUGCAGCACUUCUCUGGUUCAUCCUUACUAUUUUCAAGGAGCCCUUGAAUUUUACUUGAAAAUGGAGUUCCUUCACAUAUGGGAAGGGAAAAUCUCCGCUUCGACUUGGAGUCCCAGUCCCUGAUUAAAGCUUGAACCCUAUUCCCAGCAUUAUGGAGUACGAGCCAUUGCUGCCGCCUGGAACUGCAUCAUAACAUCUAAUGAAUGAGAUAGUAUGUGUCAAGAACACAGCAUUAAUCCUCUGUUCUCAGGGUUCUGCUGUAAUAAUACAACUUUUGUAGCUGUCCAGUGUAAGGAGGAAUAUCUAGAAUGCAAUCUCUAAAUAUUAUUAGAUGACGUACCGAAGAUUGUAGUC